GUGAAGUCAGUCUUUUCCCUGACUUUAACGACCCAAACAAACAGAUCCUUCCCUCACUACUUAAACUCCACUUCAAGAUUUCAACUGCCCAUUAUUAACCAAUUCAUCCUAACUAAUCGCUAUUCACAAAAAUUAAGCGAAACCGUUUUCACAUUUUGAGGUUUGGUCGACGUGCAAUAUGAGUCUGGCAUGUCUGGUAUGCCAUAGUGUAGAAAGCCCAUCACAGUCCUUCAGAAGUUACUCAGUUUCAAGUUCUGACAAUGAUGGAAGAUGUUCUGCGAUUGCCAAUUGCUUGAUCAAGAAGAUAUCGCUUGGCCACCCUGCUGCAAAUGGCGGCAUCACAACCUCUAAAGUGACCCCUCAGCCUACUGAUACAAGUAAUGGCAUAACAGGCCCACCACGGCUCGUUAGAAGCCGUGCUGUGAGGAGGGAUCUAGUCAGAGACUGGAACUUUGAUGAGGUUGCAUUGGAGCGUUAGUCCAGUAAUUGGAAUGUAGGUCAGAAGACAUUAUGCUUGCUUUUAGUAGUGUUAAAUCAGAUAGAAUUUUGAAUUCAGUACCUUGAAUCUAGUUUUGGGUGCGAAUCGUGUUACAGCAAAUAUUACACUACGAAGUAAUUUUGAUAUAAUCAUCUGUUGAUAUUCCCUUCC